AUGGGAGGAACAGAAUCUGCACAUCGUUCUCGUGUAUUCAAGGAGUACGCAGAGGUUUUGCCAUCAGAUGUGGAUGUAUGGGAUUAUCCUGAAUACAUUUCCUUUUUGAAGAAAGAAAUUGAAAACCAAAAAUGGAAAGAUGUUAAAUAUAGAAGGUUGUAUGAAAGAAAAAAAACUUGGAAAACAGAAAAAGGUAAAGUAAGUGAAAUAUGUGCUUGGGAAGAAAUACAAAAAGAAAUAUUUCAAGCAGUUAUGGAAAAAUAUUCAUAUACGCCUCAUACAUUUGAAGAAGAAUCAAAAGGCAUAAUAGAAAAAGAACGUAAUAAGAAUUUUAGUACAGAAACAUGUGAUAAAUUUAAUCAUACCUUAAACGAAGAAAGUGGAAUUAUUAAGGAAGUUCAAAAGAAAGUAUGUACUUUAAAUACUGUAGAUGGUCUAUGUAUACCUGUAAGACGAUCGAACUUUCAGUUCGAUACUAUAAGUAAAAAUAUUAGUAAAAUAAUAUCGGUGAAUGAAGAAAAUGAAAGAAUAAAAUCAAUUUCUGCUGUAACGUCUGCUAUAUCAACACUUGCGCAGCAACUAAAUGAUAAAAUUGUAUCAUUAAAAAUGGUAUACCCCGAAAAUAAAGAUUUGUGUAAACUUUUGAGACGAACAUAUGCCGAUUACAAAGAUAUAAUUGAAGGUAACGAUAUAGUAGAUAGUAAAACAUCUAGUGGUUUUCAAUGUUUAUUGAAUGAAACUAAGAAAAACCUUACAGAACCCAAUACUGCUUUGUCGUUAUUUAAUCAAUAUUUUAAAAAACAAGUAGAAGAUAAUUUAUAUCUAAAUAAUGUCGAUUCUGGUGAUGAUACCCAAACACCAUGCUAUUUAGAUGAUAUUGAUUAUACUGGAAAACCCCAAUGUUUACGUUUUUUGGAAGAAUGGUUUGAGGAUUACUCAAAAGAAAAGGAACGUUUCGAAACAGAAAUAAAAGAUAUAUGUGUUGAAGGAAAAACCAAAGAGUUGAAAUUACUUAAUGGAAUAAAAUACAUAAUACCUUGUUCACAAUACUGUGAUGAGUAUAAAAAGAUAUUGAAUAAAGGAAAAAGAUGUUAUGGUAAAUAUAUUACUGAAUGCAAAAAAAAUGUGGAAAAUCACCGGAUAUAUGGAGACCAAAAGUUAUAUCAGGCAGAAGUUGAUCGUAUUCAAAGAAUAACAAAAAACAAAUAUAAUUGUAGUGACGCCGAUUGUAUAAAAGAUGGAAACGUAAAAUUAGAUGCAUUUUUUAACGCUAAAAAACUUUCUACAAAUAAAAUAUAUUGUUGUGGAUGUAUAAAUAAUGUUAAUGAUAUAAAGGAGGUAUUUGGAACAAAGCAUAAUGAAUCCAGUUAUAUUGAUGCGAUAUUAAAUAAAUUGAAAAUAUGUGCACCAAUAGAUGACACAUUAGAUGGAGCUACAAACGGUAAAAUAACAACGAACAGCGGAAAAGUUACAGAUAUAUGUAGUAUAAAUUUUGGUGAUUCUUUUUUGAGAGGAAAAGAAAAUUGUUAUGGAGUUCCAUGUACCGGAUAUUAUCUAAAGAUAAAAGAUUGGAUAUGUAAUUCUGCAAAAAAUAGUUCCGGAGAAGUUUUAAAAAGUGGAUGGAGUGAUCAAAACCAAAGUGCCUGUUUACCUCCAAGAACUCAACGGUUAUGUCUAGGAAGAUUAUAUUCUAAUAAUUGCACCGAAAAAGGUAUUCAAAAUAUUGAUACUAAUGAAAAAUUAUUAAACGAAUUAGUUAUUGCAGCAAAAUAUGAAGGUACACAAUUACAUAAUAAAUAUAUAAGUGGUGAUACAAAUAAUAGAACGUUUGAUGAAAAAAUGAAAAGAUUAUGUAAUGCCACAAAAUAUAGUUUUGCUGAUCUAGGAGAUAUAGUAAAAGGAACAAGUAUAUGGGAAAAUAAUGGUACGUCUUCAAUGGAAAAAAAUUUAAGAAGUAUAUUUGUAAGAAUACAUAAGACAUUCUAUUAUAAAAAUCAUAUAAAAUAUAAAGAUGAUGGAAAUGAUCCUAAAUAUUUGAAAUUGCGAGAAUCCUGGUGGAACACCAACAGGCAACAUAUAUGGAAAGCGUUAGUUUGUGGUGCCAAGUAUUUUGAUAACACAAAAUCAUUGUCGUGUAUAAAAGAAGAGGAACCACCUAAUAUUGACUAUAUGCCUCAAUUUUUACGAUGGAUAAUGGAAUGGAGCGACGAGUUUUGUGAAGAUCGUAGUAAAAGGUUGAAAGAGUUAGGUGUAAAAUGUAAUAUUUGUAAAGAUGUAAUAAAUGGGGGAAGUAGUUGUUUAAAUGGAAAAUGCCACCAUAAUGGAUGUCAAGAAAAAUGCAAAGAUUAUGAAACGUGGAUAAAAGAAAAAUAUGAUUUAUUUAAGAAACAACAAAAAAAAUUUGAUAAUGUUAUAAAAAAAAGAGAUGAGAAAAUGUACAAUUAUUUUGUAAAUGAUUAUAAGAUAUCUUCUUUUUUGUCAGACCAAUUAAAAGAAAAAUGUAAGAAUAUAAAUAAAUUCGAUAAUAAUGAUGCAUUUAUGGAAGUACCACAUGAUUGCAAUUGUAAUACAAGUUUAGGAAGUGUUGAUACAAAUAAUAAAUGCAUAAAUCCAAAAUCACCAGUUUUUUGUAAUGAAAUCAAUAGUAGAAUAAAGGACGAUAAAUUGUCUAGUAUAAAAUGUUUAGGAAUGGAGUCAGACAAGGAUAUAAAAUGGAAAAACAAUAAUACUCCUCAUGGUGAUAAAGCCGAGGGACGAUUUAUUAAAUCAUAUAAACAUAUACCUAAAGGUGUUGACGUUUCGCCCAGAAGACAGAAUUUAUGUAUUGCAAAAUUAAGUGAAUUGCUAAAGGACAAAAAUAAUUGGACAGAACAGGAAUUAAAACAGGUACUUUUAGCGGAUGUUGUCAACGAAUCAUAUAAUAUAUCAAAAUAUUUAAAAUCUGAACCUAACCCACAGUAUAAGGUAGAAGCAAAUAAUGCUUUAAAAUAUAGUUUUUUGGAUUAUAAAAAUAUCAUUGAAGGGACGGAUUUGGUAGAAAAUCAUAUCGAUAAUGGAAUAAAUAAUAUGAUAAAAGGAAUUAUAGGAAAAAAUGGAGAUCCUACUGGAGAACGAAAAGUGUGGUGGAAUAAAAAUGAAGAUUGUGUCCGUCAAGCAAUGUUAUGUGGAUAUCACAAAGGUCAUACAGAUAGUGGACAUCCAAGUGAACAAUUACUCAAAGAUAAUGAUAAUACAGAACAAUUUUUGUAUUGGAUACAAGAAUGGUAUGAAGAUUUUUGCAAGAAAAGACAUCAAAUGAAUCAAAGUGUUGAAAAGGUAUGCAAGGAUAAUGAUAAAGAAAAUGCAAAUUAUGAAUGUAAUAAUUGUAUAGAAGAAUGUAAAAAAUAUAAAGAAUUUUUAGCUAUUAAAAAAAGUGAAUGGAAAAAUCAACAAAAUUAUUAUGAGCAACAUCAUAAGAAACAAACCCAUAAAAGUCUUCAAGAAUAUUUAAAAUUUAAGAAUUCUGGUUUGGAAGGAUGCAAAAGUUCAGAGAACAAAUCCAAUUUAGAUACUAUAUUUACUAAAAUAUUUGGAGAUAAUGAAUCUUUCUGCGGGUGUGAAAAAUAUGAUACUGUAUAUAUGAGUCAUUCUAAUCAGAAUAAUUGUAGAGGUCUUUUAAGAUUUGACGAAAAAAAAUGGAAAGAUAAUAAAACAAAAGAUGGAAACGAUAUACAUUUCACGAAAUUGCCUGAUAAUAUGUAUGUUUCUGCAAGAAGACAAGGACUUUGCAUAAAGGGUAUAGAUAGUAUACCUAUUAAACAAAAAGAACCAAAUGAGAAAAAAGAAAUUUUAAGGAAACAUAUUCUGGAACUUGCAGCUGUAGAAGGAUAUAAUAUAGGAAAAUAUUAUAAAGAAAAAAAAAAAACAAAUAAUGCCAAUUCUAAUAAAUAUUCUUAUAGUGUAAAAGAGUGUAAUGCACUUAAAUAUAGUUUUUAUGAUUUUAAGAAUAUAGUUAUAGGUAAAGAUUAUUUAGAAUUAAGAGAAAAAAUUACUGACGUAGCAACUGCAACGGAAGAGAAGUUCCUUAUAGCGUUUAGUAAAGGAGAAAAACCUAAUAGCGUUGAAUUGAAAAAUAUGACUCAAAAUAGAACUGAGUUUUGGGAUAAAAAUAAAAAAUGUUUUUGGAAUGCUAUGUUAUGUGGGUAUACAAAAGGCAUAGACGAACUCAAUUUAGCUGCUGGUUGUAAUCCAGAUGAUAUACCUGCAGAAGAAAAUACACCUCAGUUCCUGCUAUGGUUAACUGAAUGGGCUGAAGAUUUUUAUGAACAACGACAGAAAAAAAUUGAAGAAAUCAAAAGUGAUUGUGAUUAUUGCAAAAUUAACCAUGACAAAAACCAACCUAAGUAUUCACAAAAAUGUAAUCCUAAAGCUAAAUGUGAAGAAUGUAAAAGAAAAUGUGAUGAAUAUAAAACAUGGAUAAAAAGUUGGGAACAACAAUGGGAACGUUUUAAAAAAUAUUAUGAAGAACAAAAGGAUAAAAAGAAUAAUGAAUUUAACAAUUAUGUUACCAAUAACGAUCUUUCUCAGUAUGUUGUAAAAAAAUUGAAAGAUAUAGGAUAUAGUAAUAUUACCUCUUUUGAUGAAUAUGAUGCAUUUGCUAAUUAUCCUAGUGGAUUUCAAAAAAUAUGUUCAUGUGAUCCUAUGGACACUACCUCAUCAGGUAGUACGAACGACGAAAAUAAUUGUGAUGACAAUUUUAAAUCUGAGUGGACAUGUGACGACACAACUGGACCUACGACAACAAAAAAUAUGUGUAUUAGGGAAAAUAGUAUUAUCGGAAAUGUUGAUAAUGAUAUUGAGACCUUAUUCUUUAAUAGUUUUACACAAUGGUUAGAUGAAAUAUCGUAUAAUUUGAAGGAAAAUACUAAUACCUUAUCCCAAACAUGUAAUAGAAAAACGAUUGGUGCAAUAAAUAAUGCAAAAUGUAAAGAGUGUAAAAAAAACUGUAAAUGUUAUGAAGAAUGGAAACAAAAAAUCGACGAUCAAUGGAAAAAACAACAAACAUAUUUUGACGAAGAAAAGAAAAAACCAGACAGUACAAUGAAUGAUAUUGAACUUAACGAAUUUUUAUAUGCAUAUUGUUGGACAAAAGAUGAAAAGCGUACAGAAAAUGAAUGUUAUCCGAAGGAUACAAAUAAAACUAUUAUUGAUGAAAAAAUAGAAGAGACGAAUACACGUAAUAAGAAUGUAUGUGGUAUAUGUCCUGAAGAUCAUACAAAUAGCAAAGAUUUGGUUGCGGGUGAUAAAUGUAAUAAUAUUAAUAAUUUGGGUAUAAAUGGAAUAUGUAAUAAAAAAGUGUAUGAUGAUGUACAAUAUAAUGGACAUAAAAAAUAUUGGACAAAUGCAACUAUAAAGAGUAAUAUAAAAAAUGAUAAAGUUUAUGUGCCUCCAAGACGACAACAAUUAUGUAUCUCAUAUCUUGUAAAAAAUAAUAUUGAUAGUGAAAAAAAGCUUAAAGAUCUUCUUAUUCAUAGUAUUAAAGGUGAAGCUCAAAAAUUGUAUGAAUAUUAUCAAAAUGGAACACCUGUAACAGGAAAUGGUGAUAAAAAGUCGAAAGACGAUAAUGGAUUACCUAUAGGAUUUUGUAAAGCAGUGGAACGAAGUUUUGCCGAUCUAGGAGAUUUCGUUAAAGGAACAAAUUUGGAUUAUGCUGGACAAUCACAAGAUGUAAAAUCUAAAUUGGAUGCAUUAUUUAAUGGAAAAAAUGAAAAAUAUCGUACAAAUUGGUGGGAACAAAAUAAACGAGAAUUAUGGAAAUCAGUGAAAUGUGGAAUAAACGGUGGUAAAGAUGGUUUAGAGUGCCCCCAAAAUAUUGAUUUUGAUCGACGUGAUCAGUUUCUGCGCUGGUUCGAAGAAUGGGGAGAAUAUGUAUGCAAGGAACAUACAAAAGAGUUAAAGGAGUUGUUGCAUCAUUGUAGUGGUUGCAGGAGUAGGUGUCCUAAUGGUAGUAGUAAUGGAAGUGGAUGUAAUAAAGAUAAUUGUGAAAUGGCAUGUGAUAAAUAUAAAACGUGGAUACAAAAACGACGAGAGCAAUGGAACAAAUUGUCAGACAAAUAUGCUGAAAAAAAAUCACAAUAUAAAGAUGAUGAUGAAGAUGAGGCAACGAUUUGGGCGAAAAACAUGAUUCCAUCUAUAUAUUUGAAAUUCUUUAAUACUGAUACGUGUUCUAAAACGUUCUUUAACAAACUUUUUUAUAAGAAUUUCGAUUAUGGAGAUCAACAGGAAUUAUGCGAAUGUGACAAAAAGAAACAUGAUAUGGAAAAUGCUGAUAAAACCGAUGUACCUGCACCGGAUAUUAUAAAAUCUAAACCUUGUGAAGUUAAUAACAAUAUAUCUACAUGUCAUGAGAAAAAAUUUGACCGUGUGGUAUGGACAUCACGUUAUACACGACCGCAAAAAGACGGAAGUCGUAUGUUUGGUGUCUUCGCCCCUCCGCGCAGACAAAAACUUUGUGUCGGAAACAUAUGGCAACAUGCAACUGACAAAAACACUUUAUUGAACGAAUUGAUGCUUGCAGCAAAAACGGAGGCAAAAUAUUUAAAGGAUUAUUACGACAAACAAAAUGGUGCACAACGUAGUAGUAAAAAUAACGAAUUGUGUAAAGCUUUGGAACGUAGUUUUUAUGAUUUGGGAGAUAUAGUUAAAGGUACGGAUUUGAGGCGUGGAGCGAUAGUUACGGCAACAGACAACAAAAUACACUCGAUAUUUAAAAAUGGUGGAAAUAGUGGUAAUACACGUAAUGAGGAACAAAUAAAGGAGGAACGCAAAACAUGGUGGGGAUCUAACAAAUCUGAUAUUUGGAAAGCAAUGACUUGUGACCAAACAUGUGCUACCCCUUCCCCUAGUGAAAAUGUCCCACAAUUUUUGAGAUGGUAUGAAGAAUGGUAUGAAGAUUUUUGUCAACAACGGAAAGAAUUAUUAAGAGAAAUAACGAGUAAGUGUCCUAAUAAAAGUAAUGAUGCACAAUGCGAACAAAAUGAUAGUGAGUGCGAAAGUGCUUGCUCGAAAUACAGUAAUUGGCUCACACCUAAAAAAUUUGAAUGGGGAGCACAAAAACAAAAUUACCAAAUGAAAAAAGUUAAUGAACAUAUGGAAGAAAUUCAGUUCCAAAAUGUUACAAAAGGUAAAACUACUAUAGAAGAGUAUUUAAAACACAAAUAUAAUAAUAAUGUUGAAUGUAAUAAGGCUAAAAUUGACGAUAUAGAUCAGAUUGUUGUAAAAAAAGACGACGAUUACAAAAAGCAUUACGAACCACUAUGUAGCAAAUGUCGAAUGAAAAAAUUAAUUGAUAAAGUAAAUGAAAAAAAAAAUCCAAAAAAAAAAAAUCCUUCUACACCUAGUUCAAUUGGAGAAAAUAUAUGUGAAAAUGGAUAUGGUGUGAUUUGUAAAUACGUGACAAAUACCGGUGCAAUAAAGGUUCCUUUUUAUCCUGAUGAAAAACAUACGCAGAAAAAUAAAGAUGACAGUACUAUGAAUUGUGGUGGAAUACCUAGUAAUGCAUCAGAUAUUAAAUGGGUAGGUCAAAAGGAUCAUUAUACGUGGUUACCAAAUUUGGACAAAAAUAUCGUUGUUUCACCUCGACGACGAAAAUUAUGUUAUAAUGAUCUAGAGAAUUCAAAAAGUAUUAAAGAUCUAAAAAACAAAUUAUUAACAUCUGCGGCUAAUGAUGCGUAUAAUUUAGGAAUUAAAUAUCAUGAUUAUAAAAACCAUUAUGGAGUAAAACCUUGUAAAGCAUUACAAUAUAGUUUCAAUGAUUAUAAACAUUUAAUUCAGGGUGUUGAACUAUUAGAAAAUGCUAAUAAAGGUAUUGAUAAAAAAAUAACAGACAUAGUUAAAACAAUAAGUAACUCACCAUCUAAUAGUGGUAACACAGACGAAGAAAAACGUAAAGAUUGGUGGAACGCAAACAAAAAAUGUGUUUGGGAAAUUAUGAAAUGCGGAUAUGAAAAAGGAAAGGAAGUAGCAAACAGAAUAAAUAGUAAUGGAAAUGAUGUACCAGAUUUAACUACAGAAGAAGGAGGAGGUACUGGAAAUGAAUGUAAAAUUCCAGAUGAUACAAAUAAUAGCGACCAGUUCUUAUCUUGGUUGAGCGAAUGGUACGAAGAUUACUGUAAUAUAAGAACGAAAUUGAAAUCAGACGUGGAAACCACUUGUAAUAUUGAAAAAGACACUUUUCAUUGCAAAACAUGUAUUGAAAAAUGCGAUAAAUAUAAAGAUUAUAUGGAAAAGAAAAGAACUCAAUGGGAUAAACAAAAAGAAUACUAUAGUACUAAGAGAACAAAUGGAAAGGCUAGCGGAUAUACUGGAAAGGAUGCUAAGGAGUACUUGAUAGAUAAAUUUACCUAUACUGUUAAUUGUUGUGGUGAUGUAGAAACAAAUAUAGAUCUGUUUAAUACACAACCCUAUUAUGAUGUUGAUUCGCAUUGCAGGUGCAAAAAUUUUGUUGAAGAGAAUAAAUAUAAAGAAAUUUCGGGUCAAAGUAAUUGCAAGGGGCUAAAAAAGGAAGCGGAAGAUACAACUAAAGGAGCUGGGAUUAAAUGGAAACAUAAAGGUACGACAUAUGGCUUUACAUAUUUGAAGGAAUUAUCUGAAAAUGUUUUUUUUUCUUCUCGAAGACAGAAUAUUUGUUUUCAAGAUAUUGACAACACACACAAGAAAGUUAAUAAUAAAGAUCAGUUGCGAAAACAAUUGAUGAAAGUUGCCGCAACAGAAGGACAUAAUUUAGGUCAAUACUACAAAGCAAAAAAUGGAAGUAGUGGCAAUGAUAAAUAUUCGUACGAUGUCAGUCCCUGUAGUGCGAUGAAAUAUAGUUUUCUUGAUUUACGAGAUAUAAUUCUAGGUACUGAUAAUUUAGAAGAAGAUGGACAGGGUACAGAAACAAAUUUGAAAAGAAUAUUUCAAAAAGAUGGUGACGGCAAUCCUGGUAGUAAUGAACGAAAACAGUGGUGGGAAUCCAACAAAGAAUGUGUAUGGGAUUCCAUGAAAUGUGGUUAUCGAAAAGGUAGAGAUGAAGGAACUAAUAGUAAUAUUAGUGAACAAGAAUUAAAAGAUUGUGAUAAAAUACCUGAUGAUAAGGAUUAUCCUAUCGGAAAAAAUAGAGAAGAAGGAACUGCAUAUCAGUUUCUUCGUUGGUUCACUGAAUGGUCUGAAGAUUUCUGUCAACACAAAGAAAAAGAAUAUGGGAAAUUAGUGAAGGCAUGCUCAGAUGACACGUGCACUAAUGUAGUUGAUAAAACAAAAUGUGAAAGUUCGUGUAAAACAUAUAAAGAUUUUAUUAAUAAGUGGAAAAAGCAAUAUGAUAAACAAAGCGAAAAAUAUUAUAAGGAUAGAGUUAACAAAAAGUAUGAUUCUAAUCCUUCUGUUAAAGAAGAUGUUGAUUCUUCACAACAAGCCUAUAAAUAUUUAAACACAGUUUUAACUAAAAUUUGUAAAAGCUAUGAUUGUAAUUGUAUGAAAGACGAAUCGAAAAGUACCUCCUCAAACCAACGACAUAGUGGUAAUGGCGGUAUCGUAAUUGAAAAUUAUGAUACACAUAUUCCCGCAUCAUUGGAUCCAGUACCAAGUGGUUACGACAAGAAAUGUGAGUGUGCUAAUUCAAAGCCUGCACCUGAACCUAUACCUACUCCGCAUAGUGGACCUGAUGGAGGAAAUAUACCAGGUGGCGGUUCUGGAGCAGAUACUUCUCCUGAUCCUGGCAAAGGUGGUGGCAAAACACCUAGUAUAGAUCCUGCAGGUGGUAGUGGCGGACAACCAUCUCCAACUUCACCUUCAUCAUCAAGAACGAACCAAGAUUCAAAGGAAGAGAAAAAAUACAUUCCUGCACCUAAACAUAUUUUAAAUUGUGUAGAUGAAGCAGCAUAUUAUGUAGGGAAAGAGGCACAAAAUGCUUUAGAUGAUGUAAAAAGUAAAUUGAAUGGAUCAGAAAACCACAAUGUAUUUAAAACACAAACAACUGGUGGGAGUACUGGUAGUAGUUGCACAAUUAUUGAUUCUAUUAAUAAUGGGCAAAUAUAUAACGUUGAUACAAAUGAAAAUCCUUUUGAAAAAAAUGAAGAAUGGGAUUGUGACAACGACAAACUUAAAGUGGCCAACCAACAUAUAUGUUUGCCUCCGAGAAGGAAACAUAUGUGUCUAACACCAUUAGAAAAUAUGGACCCAACAAAAACUACAACUUCAGAUGAAUUAUUCAAAAAAGUUUUGCGUACUGCUGCUAAUGAAGGAAAACAUUUGAAAGACAAAUGGGAUGAAAUGGACAAAAAACAAAAUACAACAGCCUCAACAAGACCAAAAAUAAAACCACACGAAUUGUGUGAUGCUAUGAAAUAUAGUUUUGCAGAUCUAGGAGAUAUUAUUAGAGGAAGAGAUAAAUAUAAAGAUAGUAAUGGUAAUAAUAAUAAAAUAGAAGAUAAUUUAAAAACUGUUUUUGAAAAUAUACAACAAACAAAUGACAAUUUAAAAAAAAUAUAUACCUAUUUACACUCAUUUCGUUCUGCUUGGUGGGAUGCAAAUAGAAAAUAUGUUUGGGAAGCUAUGACCUGUUCUGCACCAGAAAAUUUUCAACUUUUUAAAAGACUCAAAGGUGAAUCAUCAACACGCUUAACCCAUGUAUUAAAUAGAUGUGGAAAUGAACAGGAUCCUCCUUACGAUGAUUAUAUCCCUCAAGGUUUUCGUUGGAUAAAAGAAUGGAGCGAAAAUUAUUGCAACAUUCAAAAACAACAUUUAGAUGAAUUGAAAACAGGAUGUGGGUUAUGUUAUGGGAAUGAUUCUGCAUGCUUGAAACAUCAAAAAGGUAAAUCUUGUUCACAAUGUCAGAAACAAUGUAAAUCUUAUAUUGAAAUGGUAGAAAAAUGGAAAACUCAAUGGAAGGAACAACAAGAAUAUUAUAAUCAAUUAUAUUUUAGUAGAAAAUUGGAUAAAAAUAAUGGUGAAAAUAUUAAAAAAUUUGUAGACAAAAUGAAAGAAAAAUGCAAUCCCGGUCCCAUAAAUGCAGCUAUAUUUGUUGAAAACUCUAGUAAUUGUACUAAUAUUUCAUUCAAAGAACAACAACCUAGGCCACCAAGUCAAUCUGUUAGUACAUCUUCAUCAUAUGCAUUUGAAUUGCCACCUAAAGGAUAUGAUGUUCUUUGUGGUACAACCUAUAGAAGAUCAUGUGAACAGUUAAAUACACCUGUGUCAGGUGAUAGUUUCGUUAAUUCGUAUAAAAAAGAAAAUAUUAUAGGAGAAGGAGCCACAUGGAAAAGAAUUCAUGGUACUUCUAUAUAUGUUCCUCCAAGAACAAAACAAUUGUUUUUAAAACCAUUAGAACGAUUACUUAUGAAGAUUAAUACGUCUUACCAUAUUAAUGAAAAACAUUUUUCUAAAGCAUUACAAAAAUCUGCAUUUAUAGAAGCCAAAAAACUUUCUGAAUAUUAUAAAGAACGUUAUAAAAAUGAACAUAAUUUGCUAUUAGAUGCAGAUGGACAAACAUCUAUGUAUAAAGAUAAAGCUAUUACGGAAAAUACAUUAUCUGCCAUGAAAAGAAGUUAUGCUGAUUAUGGUGAUUUAAUCAAAGGAACAACAAAAUAUCGUCAUAAUGGUAUGAUUUCUAAAAUAAAUAUACUAACAAGAACACUGGGAUAUGUAGGAUCACCAGAACAAACACGUGUACAUUUCUGGAAUAAACAUAAAUCUGAUCUAUGGCAUGCUAUGAUAUGUGGAUAUAAUGGUGCAAAUCCAAAUAAAUUACUUGAUAAUGAAGAUGUAAUGUGCAAAUUACCUGAUAAUGAUACUGAACAUGAAUUUGUACGUUGGUUUACUGAAUGGACAGAAGAUUUUUGUGUUCAAUAUGAGAAAAACAUAAAAAUAUUAAUGGAAAAAUGUUCUUUUAAUACUUGUGAUGAGACCGAUAAUAACUUAAUGGAAUGUCACGAAAUCUGUUCUAAACAUAAAGCAUGGAUUGGCCAAAAAAAAGAAGAAUAUGACAAUCAGAAACAUAGAUAUAGUAUUGAAUACAAAUCAGUAAAUGGAGAAAAAGGAAAUGCUCUUGAAUUUCUCAAAAAUAAAUGUAAACAAAAAUGUGGAUGUAUAAGUGGAAAGGCAAAUAAUAAUGAUAUCGAUAAAGUUUUUCAGGAAUAUCCUGAAAACUUUAAAGAAAAAUGUCAAUGUUCACCUGAUCCAUUGAAUAAAUGUCCAGAUAAUAAUAAUAAUACAAUUUGUAAAAGUUUUGAGCGUAUUCAUCAUUGUUCCAGAACCAUAUUUGAUGAAACACUUUCUCAAUGGGGUAAUGCACUUAUAAAAUAUAAUAUUGGUCAUAAUGAAGGUGUGUUACUUCCUCCUAGAAGAAAAUAUUUAUGUAUAGAAUCUUUUAGAGGAAAAACGUAUAAAAAUAAAGAAGAGGAUGUUUUUAAAAAGGAUUUACUGAAUGCUGCUUAUAGUCAAGGAAGAUUACUAGGAAAUAAAUAUGCUAAUGAUAAAAAUGAAGCAUUACAAGCAAUGAAAUAUAGUUUUGCUGAUUAUGGGGAUAUAAUUAAAGGUACGGAUAUGGUCGAUAUUACGACAUCUACAGAUAUAAAAAUGAAAUUAGAAAAACUGCUUACAGAUAAUCAAUCAAGUGCACAAAAAAGUAGUAGCUCUAGCCUACCUAAAGAUGUUAGUGGAUGGUGGGAUCAAAAUAAACAAAAAGUCUGGAAUGCUAUGUUAUGCGGGUACAAAGAUUCUGGACAUUCAAUUACAAAAGAAGAUUGUAACUUACCUGAUGAUACUACACAUCAAUUUUUGAGAUGGUUAGUUGAAUGGGGAAGACAAGCAUGUCAGGAAAAAAUAUAUAACGCAAAAAAUGUACGAAAUGAGUGUGAUGAUUAUAUUCAUUAUAAAGGAACAGGAAAUGGACAAGUUAAAGAAAAAUGUAAGAGAGCAACAUACAAAUACGAGCAAUGGAUUAAAGAUAAACGUAACAUAUGGGAUGAAUUAAGAAAAAAAUAUGAAAAAGAAAAAAAUAAAAUUACUAAUAAUUAUCCUCCAACAACGGCCAGACGUUACGUGAAGAAAAAUUGUCCUGAAUGUAAUUGUGCUUUAGAACAUUUGGAAGAGAAUGAUCAAAAAAAUACAGAAUCAGAUGAUGAUUCAAUAAAUAAAUUAAUUAAUAGAGCAAAAAUGGAUUUACCUGAUGGGGGGUGGGGUAUAUAUAUGGGUCCACUGAAACCUCCCAAUCUCCCAUCAUUGCCUGAAAUUUACACUUUGGCACCUUUUAUCGAAGCUGUUGUUAAAAAUGUUUCAAAAUCAAUAAAAGAUACAGCAGAUACGCUUGAACCAACAGUUGUAUCAGUUAAUGAAUCUGUAACUAAAUCCAUUACAAACCUUAAUGAUGAAAUCAAUGCUCUAGUACAGAAAGCUAAUGAUCCUCUUGAUAAAAUAUUUGAUGAAUUUAUUAAUUUUGGGAAAAAAUUAUCUGAACAAGGAAAACAAUUUUUUUCUACAGGACAAAAUAUAGUUAAUGAAAUAAUAGAUAUAUUUGAACGUGUAGAUCCUUAUGCAAAAAACAAAGCAAGAGAUUGGCCUCCAAAAUCUACACCUAGUUUUUCCGAAUACAUCAAUCCGAACAUAUUAGUUCCAUCUACAAUUAUAGGAGCAGGAUCAUUACUGGCAUUUUUUUUAUUGAAGAAAAAACCCAAAACUUCUGCUGUGGAUAUUUUUCGUGUCCUUGAUAUCCCACAAAACGAUUAUAACAUACCUGAUGAAACAUCCACUAAUAGAUAUGUACCUUAUAGGAGUCAAUAUAAAGGCAAAACAUAUAUAUACGUGGAACGUGACGGUGAUAGUGAAGAUGACAAAUAUAUGUUUACAUCUGAUACUACUGACGUGACUUCAUCAGAAAGUGAGUAUGAAGAGAUAGAUAUAAAUGAUAUAUAUAAACCACGUAGUCCUAAAUAUAAAACUUUAAUUGAAGUAGUACUAAAACCAACUAAAAGUGGUGAUACAUCAAAUAGUGGUGAUAUAUCCACUAAUAAAUUUACUGAUGAAGAAUGGAAUGAAUUAAAACAGGAUUUUAUUUCACAAUAUUUACAAAAUGAUAAUAUGGAUUUACAUAAUGAAAAUAUCAUUGAUGAUAAUAUGGAUAUGGAACCUAAUACUACACAAGAUAGUAUGGAGGAAAAACCUUUUAUUACAUCCAUUCAAGAUAGAAAAUUAUAUAGUGAUGAUAGCGAAAUUAUAUAUAAUAUUAACUGGAAUAUACCAAAUAAUAUUAGCACUAAUACUGCGACAUAUAAUAGUUUAUAUAGUGGAAUUGAUUUAAUAAAUGAUUCGUUAAAUAGUGGUAAUGAUAUUGAUAUAUAUGAUGAGUUGUUAAAACGAAAAGAAAACGAAUUAUUUGGAACAAAUUAUCAAAAAAAAACAUCAAUAAAUAGUGUUGUCAAGGGAACAAAUAGCGACCCCAUACUCAACCAACUAGAUUUGUUUGAUAAAUGGUUAGAUAGACAUAGAGAUAUGUGUAACGAAUGGAAUAAUAAAGAAGAAAUGUUACAUAAAUUAAAAGAUGAAUGGAAUAAAGAAAAUAACCAACAUAUAUUGGAUAUAUCAUCAAUUCAUAAUGAUAUGAAUGAUCAAACAUAUAAUGUAAUAAACACUCACGAAAGUAAUGAUAUAACAUUUGUUGAAAAUCUUGGAUCAACAAAUAUACCACACAAUAAUAUUCAAACAAACAAUUUACAUACAAAUAUUUAUAUGGAUAUCCAUUAUAAUGAAAAUAAUGAUAUACCAAGUAAUGAUAAUUUGGAAAAUUCGUAUAAUUCUUCAUGA